AUGGACGGAACUGAGGCAGAUGAUGUGAUGGGCGACAACCAAGAAGGUGAGGGUGAAGAAGUGGAAAAUGUUUAUGAUGAGUCAUAUAAAGAUGUAGGGGAUAAACCUAUAACUCCUGAUCUCGCCGUUGAUGAUCCCACUACUACUGAAAUUAGACAGGGGGUUGUUGUUGGUAACAAUAAAAGACGUAAACGUACGAAUAAAUCUAAAGAGAAUCUCUCGGAAGAGGAAAUAUGUAUGUCAAAGUUCGCUCAAGAAAUAAUAAAUGCUCCAACAAAUAAUCUUAUUGAUGAAUUAGCGAAAAAGGUAGCCAAUGAGGAUGUGGAACAAGUUGAAACAGAUUAUAAUAAAGGGAUGGAUACUGAUAUUAAUCGAUCAGCGAUUGUACCUUAUAUUCCAGGAGGGUCUAUAAUAAACUCCCCUAACAAAGAUAAAGGGCUUGACCCUAUUGCGGAGGAGGAAGCUGAGAGAGUCUUGAAUUUUAUAAAUAUGAAGUUGGCUACUGCAUCAGUUAAUGGUAAUAUGAUAGUGGAUCUAGAUUCCAACAGACUAAGUGGUAGUAUACCCAAACAAAUAUUCACUCUUCCUUCUUUAUCAAUUGUUCUCAACUUAAAUAAUAACUCAUUUACUGGUGCACUUCCUACGGAAAUUGGUCAGUUAAAAAAUCUUGGAGAAUUAGACCUGUCCUUUAACAAAUUAGCCGGUGAAAUACCAAAUACCAUAGGCGAGUGUUCAAGCUUAACAAAUUUAAAGCUACAAAAUAACUUCUUUCAAGGAAAUAUUCCAUCAUCUAUUACUUCUUUGAAAGGUUUGGGAGUAUUAAAUCUUUCUAGUAAUAACUUGUCUGGUACAAUACCAAAAGGCUUGGAGAAUCUGGAUCUCACUUUAUUGGAUUUAUCACAUAAUAAUCUAGAGGGGGUGGUACCAAAAGAUGGAGUGUUUAAGAACAUGAGUGCAUUCUCAAUAGAAAGGAAUGAUAAGCUCUGUGGUGGCAUCCCUGAGCUGAAGUUGCUGAAUUUACUUGUGCCAAUAAACCCAAAUGUGACGGGGAAAUCAAAGACGGUAAAAUUUAUAAUAAUAAGCAUAGUUAUAGCGGUUUUACUUUUAACUUCGGUUGUGUUUUCUCUCUAUAUGUAUUGGAAAAGGAAGUCAACAAACAAACUUCCUUUGAAUACUAUUAUAGACUUGGGAAAUCAGUACAUGGGAGUUUCUUAUAAUGAGCUUUUUAAAGCUACCAAUGGAUUUAAUAGUUCUACCAACUUGCUUGGUGUGGAAAGUUUUGGUACUGUAUUUAAGGGUAUUCUAAAUCAAGAUGAAUCAAGACCAGUUGCAGUUAAGGUUCUACACCUCCAUCAAAAAGGUGCAACCAAGAGCUUCAUGGCUGAAUGUGAUACCCUGAGAAAAGUUAGACAUCGAAAUUUACUCAAGAUUGUAACUUGUUGUUCGAGUAUUGCUUUUCAAGGUAACCCUUUCAAAGCUCUAGUUUUUGAGUUUAUGGAUAAUGGGAGUCUAGAGAAUUGGCUGCACCCGAUUAUAAGAGAUACAAACAAUGACGAUCAGCUACAAAAGAAGAAUUUGAAUCUAGAAAGAAGAUAUAGCAUCGCAGUCGAUGUUGCUGCUGCAUUAAAUUAUCUUCACCAUGAUUAUGAAUCACCCGUUGCGCAUUGUGAUGUGAAGCCAAGUAAUGUCCUUCUUGAUGAUGAUUUAACUGCUCGUUUGGGUGAUUUUGGCCUGGCUAAAUUCCUUUUUAAUCAUUCAAGUUCUUCUAGACAACUGAAUGAACAAGACGCAAGCUCAAUUGCGAUAAAGGGAUCCAUAGGUUAUGUAUCUCCAGAAUAUGGAAUGGGUGGAGAAGUGUCAACAAAAGGUGAUGUGUAUAGCUAUGGGAUUCUUUUGCUAGAGAUGUUUACAGGAUAG